AUCAGGAACCCCAGGAGGAAAGUCCACAUCCCUUGUUACCAGCACUUUCACAGCACCUAGAACCUCUUUGAGCUCCACUUGGACUACUGGGCCAUCAGGAAUGAUUACAACCUCAGGGAGAGCCAGUCAGAGAAGCACAGCAACAUUUCUACCCUCAACACCCUCCCAGACCCUUAAACCAUCUGCUCCCAGCACAGCCGAGGGCUCCCACUCCACAGUUGCCCCAGUCCUGACCACAUCUGAGAAAGGUAUUUCCCUCUUCCCCUAUGGACCGAGUGCUGGAGACCAGGAGUUUGUCAGAAGGACUGUAGACUUCACCUCACCACUCUUCAAGCCCCAGAUUGGCUUCCCUUUUGGCUCCUCUCUCCGGGAUUUCCUCUAUUUCACAGAUAAUGGCCAGAUCAUUUUCCCGGAGUCAGAGUACCAGAUUUUUGCCUACCCCAACCCUUUCCUUAGAGGCUUCACAGGCUGGGACGCUGUGGCCCUGGUGGCUCCAUUCUGGGAUGACGCCGAUUUCUCCAGCUGCCGGGGAACCGUAUUUUACCAGGAAUAUGAGACACUCUUUGGUGAAUACAACCCACUAAUCUGGCAGGUGGAGUCUUGGAUUAAAAAGUUAACAAACACCUGGAACUACAAAGCAAGGUGGACCCUAAAGGUCACAUGGGUCAAUGCCCCUGCCUAUCCUGCCCAGUGGACCUUAGGGACCAACACCUACCAAGCCAUUCUCUCCACGGACGGGAGCAGGUCGUACACCAUGUUUCUCUAUGAAAGCGGCGGUAUGCGAUGGGAUGUGACCCAGCACCCAUACAACCCAGCCCUCAUGGGUUUCUCCAGUGGAGAUGGGUAUUCGGAAAACAGCCCACUGACAUCGCAGCCAGUGUGGAAGAAGUAUCGUCCAGACCAGUUCCUGGAACCCAACUCAGGUCUCAGGGGGUUGCAGGUUUAUAGGCUGCACAGGGAAGAAAGACCCAACUACCGCCUCAGGUGCCUGCAGUGGUUAAAAACACAGCCUGAGUGGCCCGCCUGGGGCUGGCCCCGGGUCUCCUGCCCUUGCUCCUGGCAGCAGGGACUGCGGGACUUACGGUUCCAGCCCACCAGCACAGGCUGGUGGGGCCUCGGCAGCAGGCAGCUCUGCAGCUUCUCCUCCUGGCGUGGGGGCUUGUGCUGCAGCUACGGGCCUUGGGGAGAGCUGCUCACAGGCUGGCCAGUGCGGACUCCUUGGCAGUUUGACCAAGAACUGGAGCCACAGAACUGGUGCUGCUGCUGGAAUGACAGGCCCUCCUUCUGUGCCCUGUACCAGCAAAGGCGGCUGCACAUCGGCUGUGCUGGGUACCGGCCCCCAUGGCCUGCUUGGAUGUUCGGGGACCCCCACAUCACCACCUAUGAUGGUGUCAACUACACUUUCAGUGGGCUGGGGGACUUUGUGCUGGUCCAGGCCCAGGAUGGAAACUCGUCCUUCCUGAUGCAGGGCCGCACCGCCCAGACUGGCUCAGCUCAGGCCUCCAACUUCGUGGCUUUUGCUGCCCAGUACCACUCCAGCAGCCUGGUGGACCCCUUCACGGUUCAGUGGAUUCUUAAGCCCAGUGACACAAUCCAUGUGCAACUCAAUAACCAGACUGUGACAUUUGACACUAACCAUGAAGAUGCAGAAGGCCAAGAGAUAUUCAAUGACACUGGAGUUGUAAUAACCCGCAAUGGCUCCCUGGUGUCAGCCUGCUUCGAUGGGACGGUGACUGUGUCAGUGAUCGCUCUCUCCAACAUCCUGCAUGCCUCCUGCAGCCUCCCAGAGGAGUAUAGAGACCGCACAGGGGGCCUCCUGGGGGUCUGGAAUGAUGAUCCUGGUGAUGACUUCAGGAUGCCCGAUGGCUCCACACUUCCCCCAGGGAGCUCUGAGGAAACCCUUUUUCACUAUGGAAUGACCUGGAAAGUCAACGAAACAAGCCUCUUUGGCAAGAGGGACGACCAUCUGCCUUCCAAUUUCACCCCUGUCUUCCUUUCCCAACUGUUGGGAAACAAAUCCUUGGAUGGAAAUCUGACCUCCGAGUGCAAUGGAGAAGAGCAAUGCAUCUAUGACACCCUGGCUACACAAAACACAACCAUUGGACUGUACACUCAGAUGCUCUUCAGAAGAUACCAGACAAUAAAUAUCACCCUCAAUCAGUACCCACCUUCUAUCAUGGGCAAUCAUGUGGUGGAAGCCUACAUAGGGCAGACCAGGAAACUUCAGUACACCAGCAGCUCUGAGGAUGUCACAUUCACUCUCAGAAGCAGCAACCCCAAUUUCAAGCUCCUUGAAAAUGGGACAUUUCUAUGGACACCAAAGUCCCUGGAACCAUUCACUCUGGAGAUUCUAGCAAGGAAUGUCAAGGACAACUUAUCAUCUGUCCUCCAGCCGAAGACAGUGGUCUGCGCUUGCAGGGAAGACAGCCAGUGUCUGUACAACCAGACAAGCCGGAUGGGCAUCUCCUCCCUGGAGGUGGCCGGCUGCAAGUGUGAUGCGAACACCUUCGGCCGCUUCUGUGAACGGCCCAAGGACCUGUGUGAGGAGCAGUGUUUCCAGAAUGUGAAGUGCAUUCCUGGGAAGGGCUGUGAGGACUGCCCCCUGAACAUGACUGGGGAUGGACGUCACUGUGCAGCUCUGCAGAAUUCUUCCCUCUGCUGGAACAAGUCCUGCCCUGUGGAUUACUGCUACAACCGUGGCCACUGCUUCAUCUCCCAGGCUCCGGACUGCCAGCCCACCUGCAGCUGCCCCCCGGCCUUCACUGACAACCGCUGCUUCCUGGCUGGGAACAACUUCAUCCCGACCAUCCCUCUAGAGCUUCCCGAAAGAAUCAUCCAGCUCUCACUCAGUGAAGAAGAAAAUGCCUCCAUGGCAGAGGUCAAUGCCUCGGUGGCCUACAGACUGGGGAACUUGGACACGGGGGCCUUUCUCUGGAACAGCGAUGUGCAACAAAUCAAUCCCCCUAUGGCACUGGCCUCUGGACGCUGCCUUCAACACUGGAGGGUCACCUCCAAGUUCCAGUACCUCCCUCAGGGCCCGGUCAUCCACUUCCUGAACACCCAGCUGCUGGAUGCAGUGGUGCAGGCAUUCUUACUCCAGACCUCGGGCAUGAGGCAGAAGAGCAGUGAGGGGCCCAGGAACAACGUGGUCUUCUACCCCAUCUCCAGGGAGGAUGUGUACAGCGUGAUGGCUUUGAACGUGAGCACACUGAAGACUUACUUCCAGUGCAAUGGCUACAAGGGCUACCACAUGGUCUACAACCCCCAGAGAGGCCUCACCUGCGUGUCCCCGUGUCGUGAGGGCUACUGUGAGCACGGAGGCCAGUGCCAGCACCUGCCCAAUGGGCCCUGCUGCAGCUGUGUGCCUUUCUCCAUCUACACGCCCUGGGGUGUGCGCUGUGAGUACCUGAGCGUGAAACUCGGCGCCUUCUUCGGGAUCCUCUUUGGAGCUCUGGGCGUCCUCUUGCUGCUGGGGAUCGUGACGUUUGUGGUUCUGCGCUUCUGGGGUUGCCCCCGAAAACGGUACUCCUACUCGGUGGAGUCAAAAAGCUGAGGCCUCACCCCAACUCGGCAGCCGUGGCCUAGGAU